AUGACAGUUGCAGGUGUCAUUUCUCGUCUUGUUUGGUUUUCUUUGGCCUUGAUGGUAUUGGCCAUAUCCCUUGUUUUGAAUUGGAUGAAUUCAUCGAAAGAGAGUUUUUCAUUCCAUUCAACUACUACCAGUAACACACCUUCUUCUUCUUCUUCUUCUUCUACUACUACUACUACUCGUGGAACUCAUCGGAUCAAAUCCAUCAUCCUUCCAUCCUCCCACAGAUGGAACUGUGGUACAACACAGCCUCUCAGUAGUAGUAGUAGCAGCCACUCUUCUUCUUCGAAUGUGACUCUCUACUAUGUUGAAACAGGUGAUUUGAGUGAGAAUUCAUAUCCUGUCCUUCAAUUUCAUCCUACACCAGGUUCACUCUUAUUUAGACAUGAGAAGGAAGAUGAAUUGCUCAAAAAGUAUGGUAUUCGAUUGAUCAAAGUGGAUCGAUCGAAUUUAUACCUUCAGAAUUCUUUUUGUUGUGCCUCUAAAAGUGAACAAUUCAUUCAAUUCGAUUGUAUUUACAAACAUUUGAUUGAACAAGAAUUGAAAUUGAAACCUUCAUACAGUGUAUUGGGAUAUCAAAUGGGAGGAUUUAUGGCAUUGAAUCAUUAUCAUGUCUUGUCAAAGAGAAGAACACAUGAAAGUAUGAGCAAAAUUGAUAGUAUUGUUGUCAUUGCACCCUUAUUACCACCCAUUCAAAAGAAGAGUAGUAGUAGCAGUAGUACCACCACCACCACUAGUAGUAGUAGUAGUAGUAGUGAUCGUAGUAGUAGUACCACCAGUAGUGAUACCAUUGAUAAGAACAAGAGUGAUUCUUCUUGUCUCUAUACCACCACACUACUGUACAAAAUUUACAGCUUGUUGGGUGACAAGUUGGCUUACAAAAUUUUAAAUCCUUUAUGGAAAGUCCAAUCGAAAAUGGCAAGACUAUUCCUCUCCUCUCACUCACUGACUCAUUCUAUCAAUCGAAUGAGUUUUAAGGGUUAUUCAAAUCAUCUCUCUCAAGAGAAUUUGAAUAUUCUUGAUGAAUCCACUCAUCGUAUGAUCCAUGAACUGAAUGCUCUCUCCACUCUCUUUGAAGAAUAUCAUAUUUUGUUGAGCAAUGGAUUGAAGAGAGAAGAGAAUCUCGAGCUUUCUGAGAGGAAUGAUGAUGAAGUCACAAGAAGAAGAACAACCUCUCAUCCUCCUCAUCCUCCAACAUUGGUCAUGGUCACUUCAGCACGUGAGGAAGAGAAGGCUCAUUCCUUUUUGAUGGAUGCUUCCAAGAUGAUUGAUUCCAAACAAAUUAGGAUUCAGAGAGUAGAGACAAAGAAGACCUUCAAUGAUGAUAAGGAUGAUGAUAAACAAGGAGAACAACACUCUUCCUUGGAUGUCUUUGUUUCAGAAUAUGAAAGAGCCUUGUCUUUUAUUGUCCAAAAUAAGCCUUCAUCAUUUUCUGAGAAAUUGACCAACAAAAAAGAACAUGAAUCGGUUGCCUCCACAAUGACCUCCUCAACUCCAAAACAACCACAAGAAUCAACCAGCAUUAAUCAACAACAACAACAACAGCUUACACCGAAAACUACCUCUGAUGAGAGUAGUCAUAAAACAACUUCCGAACCAACUACCACUACGGAUUCAUCUAGUAGUAGUGGUAGCAGCAUCACUGCCUCAACCUCAACCUCCUCUGCCAGUAGUAGUACUGAUAGUAGUACUGAUAGUGGUAGUAAUGGUAGUACAAGAACAUCAUCAUCUCCACCAACCAUUGCAGUCAUUGGUGGUGGAUUGGCAGGAUUGAGUGCUGCUAUUGAGGCAGCAGAAUUAGGUGCAAAAGUAUACUUGUUAGAAAAAGAGGAUCGAACAGGAGGAAAUAGUGCCAAAGCAACCUCAGGUAUCAAUGGUAUUCAUACCAAUGCUCAAAAAAGACUUUCCAUUGAUGACUCUUUUGAUCUCUUUUACUCAGAUACUACCAAAUCUGGUAAAAAUCAAGGUAAUCCUAAAUUAGUAUCUACACUCGUGUCUGAAUCUACAAGUGCUAUUGAAUUUUUAGAAACUCAUGGUAUUGGUAUGGAAUUAAUUACACAAUGUGGUGGACAUUCACGUUCAAGAACACAUCGAUCUGCACCACCCAAAAUGGGCCAAGCCAUGAAUGUUGGACGUGAAAUGACUACCAAAUUAUUAGAUUAUAUUCAAAGAAAAUUAUCCGAUCGUGUUAUUGUAUUGACCAAGUGUGAAAUGAUUGGAUUUAUCACGAACACGAGUGCUUCAAGAGAUGAUGAUUCUGGUGAUGAUUUAAAAAUACCCAUUGGAAUUCGAUAUCGAAAUUUGAGUGAAGAACCACCAUUGACAUCACUCUCCUCAUCAACAUCCUCACCAUCCUCACCCUCCUCCUCAUCAACAUCACCCUCCUCCUCCUCAGAACAUUCUCUUCUCGUUUCAUCAAUCAUUCUCACUACAGGUGGUUAUGCAGCAGAUCGAAAUGGAUAUCUCAAACAAUAUGCUCCACAAUUAUCUCAUCUUCCUACAACCAAUGGACCAUUUGCUAAUGGUGAUGGUAUUCGAAUGUGUGUGAAUGAAUUGAAUGCAUCAUUGAUUCAUAUGGAAUCAAUUCAAGUACAUCCCACUGGAUUUAUUGAUCCACAAAAUCCAAAGAGUAUGACUGUAUUUUUAGCAGCAGAGGCAUUGAGAGCCUAUGGAGGUAUUCUUGUGAAUCAGAAUGGAAAACGUUUCUGUGAUGAAUUGGGUCGAAGAGAUUAUGUCUCUGAAAUGAUCUUUAAACAUUGUCAACCUGAAAUUCCAGAAGGUGGACAUGUCACUGCUUAUCUUUUAAUGAAUGAUUAUGUUGCAAAAUCAUUUAGUGAAUCUCUAUUAGGAUUUUAUCUUUCCAAAGGAUUUAUUAAAAAGUAUAAUAAUUUAGAACAUGCAUUUAAUGAAACAUUGAAACAAGUGAAAGGAAUGAAUUAUGAAACAUUAAUUGAUACGAUUGUCAAGUAUAAUAAUUAUUAUGAAGAGAGUAAAAAGAGUAGUAGUAGUGGUGGUGGUGGCAAUAAUGAUUCAAGUGAUGGACAAGAGAACACCACUCCUAGUAGUACUACUACGAAUGCUUUUGCAGAUCCAUUUGGAAAGACUCUCUUUCCUACUAAUUUCUCAUUCAAUGAUACCAUAUACAUUUCAAGAAUUACUCCAAGCAUUCACUACACUCAUGGUGGACUUGUCUUUGAUGACAAGGCAAGAGUAUUAAGAAAAUCACAAAAUAAUUCUUUUCAAGUCAUUCCAAAUUUGUAUACAGCAGGAGAAGCAAGUGGAGGUUUGCAUGGUUUGAAUCGAUUAGCAGGAAAUAGUUUGCUUGAAUGUGUGGUAUUUGGAAGAAUUGCUGCUCGUGACAUCAUGAAGAAGAAAUAA